GUCAUCCGUUAACCGUUGCAGCUUCGAAUUCUGAAUCAAGAUGAGGACAUUUCUCAUUUUAGUCUUGACGAUUUGUAGAGCUCAUGUGUCCGGUCUCGAGAAGUCUCCAAAGCCACCAGGUUACGACAUAUUAACAAAGAGCUUCAAAGCGAGAACAUUUUUGCAGGCUGGAGAUAUCGUCGAAGGAGAUAUCAUGCUGGACAGCAAAACUGCCUCUCUUUAUCGUGGAGAAACCAGAAACGCCAUGAAAAACGUAAACCUCUGGAAAAACGGAGUGGUGCCUUACAUUCUUGAUUCUAGUGUGGAUGAUCACCUAAAACGCCAAAUCGAGGAAGGCAUCAGAGAAUAUCAUAAAUACACAUGUCUGCAGUUUGUGAGGAGAACGAACCAAAGAGAUUAUAUCAGGAUCGUCAAACCAGCAUCAGGGUGUAACUCGAUGGUGGGCGCCGUCGGUGGGGAACAAAUCCUCAAUAUGGGAGAUGGCUGUCAGUAUGUAGGUCUGGUUCUUCAUGAGUUUGGUCACGCAAUCGGCUACUUUCACGAACACAACAGACCUGACCGUGACGAAAAUGUUAAAAUUUUGUGGGACAACGUUCAGUACGGUUUCAAGGACGCUUUUCGCAAGUACACUUUUGAUGAGGCAGAUGUCCAAGGCUUCAAGUAUGAUCUGACUUCCAUUAUGCAUUACGAGAACUCUGCAUUCACUAACGGUUAUUGCCGUCCAACUAUGCUUGUUAAGAAAGAUCUAUCGUACGAAGUGACGCCAGUUUACUUGAGGAACUUUAGUCCGCAAGACAUACAGAAAAUCAACAAGCUUUACAGUUGUCAGACAAAUCAGCUUCCUCCAACAGUUUUGCCCGGAAGUGGAAAUCCAGAUCCAUCUCAAUGUAAAUGUGAGGAUAAGUACAACGAAUGUCAUGGUUGGAUGAAAUCGGGUGAAUGCGGGCUCAAUCUCAUGUGGAUGUCGACUAACUGCGCCAAGAGCUGCAGAACAUGCGGAGAGCCUCCCUCUGAUUGUCAGGAUGUGUACCCAGUGGCGUGUGAGACCUGGGGAACAAGUGGCGAAUGUUCUAAGAAUCCAAUAUGGAUGAACGCACAUUGUGAGAGGACAUGCGCUCAGUGUAGAGGACCAACUCAAGCACCUACUCCACCCCCUGUUGGCACAACUCAGCCACCCCAGCCUCCUAAACCUACCACGCAACCAACCGGAAAUUGCAAAGACGUUUAUCCUCAGUACUGUCCCGACUACAAGAGAAGGGGAAUGUGCACCACUCAUGUCGACUACAUGACCAGUGUCUGUCCGGCAACCUGUGGAUUCUGUGGCGGUGGUGGUGGUGGAUCAGGGAAUUGUAAGGAUGUCUACCCUCAAUACUGUCCAGGUUACAAACAAAACGGAAUAUGCAUUGAUCCUGACUAUUUGGAUUACGUCAAAGAGGUCUGCAAGAGGACUUGCGGCUUCUGCAACUGAGUGGCUCGUGUACAUGUUUGGAACAAGCGACGACUUAUGACCAUUACAUAUUGCAAACUUACACAAGGAGAACUUUCUUUACAAAGUCAAAGUUUUGUUAAGUUCAUUUGUUGAUGGAUCUUAAAGUUAUUAAAAGUGGUAUUGAUCCUGGCUGAA